UUCUUAUCACUCUGGAGUGUAAGCUCCAGAAAGUGUAGUUCGGUACAUUUCGGUCGAAGGGCGCUUAUAUUCGUGAACAGCGCGAGCCAGCACGAGCGCGAGCAAGAGCGCGUCUAGGGCGCAGACGCGCAUCUUAUGGAUUUUACCCCUCCCGUAUCGGGGUUGUCGUGCAUCGGGUAAGGUCCUGGUAGAGGGCUUGGCAGGUACUGGAGGGGUAUGGGGAACCCUGUUUGCGCGGACCAUGUCCGCGAAAGCGAGAAGGAGCGAUGCGCAAACUAGCUGCGGAGGGAGGAAGAAGAGGAAGAAGAGGAGAGGAGAUGGUGAAGGAGGAGGAGAAGGAGGAGAAAGAGGGAACCACCACCGAAAGACUACCACGAUAGAAGCGACGGGUUGGGCCGGCCGUCUACAACGCGUGACCUGUCCGAUAUCGCAGGGAUGAACAAGUCCGCGCAUCCCCCUGUGUACGACCUGUCCGAGGGGCUCUGACAUGUGACCGAGCCGAGUGUAUCGUCGGGGUGCAUCCGUCUGUCGGGUUGCAAGUUCCUGCAAGAACUUCGCGGUCAACCACGUGGCGAUCUGUGUAACCGCAUGUCGUGGAGCAAGGCAGCGCAUGGCUAGAUAAAAGUCUCUCCCAGAUAGGAACCGGGCGGCAUGGGUCUGCCGCGUUUCUCCCUGAAGAGGUACUUUUUCUACGUGCUAUGCCUGACGGGUACGCUGCUUGUCCUACUGAAUCUACUGCAGGACGAGAUAUGGCACAGCAUGCGACCGCAUCCCGGACAGCCGCAGUCCGCCCGAACUGCCGGCGACGGGCCGAAGAUGAAACCCGAUUGGCCUUUGAAAUCGAAGAAGCCGACGGUGCGAAUAUUACGCACUCGGGAGCGAGUGAAGAAAAGACUUCCGUCCGAGGCGUUGAAUAUAAAUGGAACCGUCAGCUUGGGCGAAAACUCAAUAGACCUGGAUUCAUCGCGGAGGCCUUGGUACAUGAAAGGAGGAACCAGAAGACCUUAUCCAGCGAUGAAAGCUCGCAAUACUGGCCGAAGGUUGGCUCGAUUGUGGCCAGACGAAGAUGUUUACGACGAUCGUGUGACAAAUCAGUUAAUGUUCGUGCCACCCGAUUACAACAGAACAGGCGGUGAACAUCCAUUGAAGAAGAUAAUGAUCCCCCAUGGAAUGGUCGAGGCCAAAGUCGGUCCUGACAUUUUCUUCCAGCAACGCUGCCCGGUGAAUACCUGCACGAUCGUUCGCGACAAUCCAGACGAUGCCGAUCUCAUUCUAUUUAAAGAUUACGUCACGCACGUGGGACGAAGGCCUCACAAUCAGGUGUGGAUGCUGUAUUUUUUAGAAUGUCCGUAUCAUACGCAAAGUGUGAAGAGCGCCCUUAUCAAUUGGACCGCCACAUAUCGGCGUGACAGCGACGUAGUGGCACCCUACGAAAGGUGGCAAUAUUACGAUUCUAGCGUCACACAGAUCUCACAAACGUUUAAUUAUGCAGCAAACAAAACGAAGAAGGUCGCCUGGUUCGUUUCCAACUGCCAUCCCCGAAAUCAGCGCAUGCAUUAUGCCAGGGAACUCUCAAAAUAUAUCCAGGUGGACAUUUACGGAGCGUGUGGCAGUCUACGCUGUCCGCGGUCGCAGUCGCAGACGUGCUUCGACAUGCUCGACGAGGACUACAAAUUCUACCUCGCAUUCGAGAAUUCCAAUUGUAAGGACUACAUCACCGAGAAAUUCUUCGUUAAUGGACUCGGGCACAACGUUCUACCGAUCGUGAUGGGCGCCCAUCCAACGGAUUACGCGCGCAGCGCACCGUAUCGCUCCUACAUCCACGUGGACGAGUUCGAGUCGCCGAAGGAGCUCGCCGAGUACCUGCACCGGCUGGACCGCGACGACGAUCUGUACAACUCGUACUUCCGCUGGAAGGGUACCGGCGAGUUUAUCAAUACGUACUUCUGGUGCCGGGUGUGCGCCAUGCUGCACGACGAUCGUUCACCAAAGCACUACAAGGACGUGAACGAGUGGUGGCGAGGGGAAGGCGUGUGUACCACCAACUCCUGGCGCGAACACGAUCUCGCACGCUCGCAGAGUCUGCGGAACACCUGAAGAGACGAUUGUCUGAAGAUACACUCAAGAAGGCUCUUCCGGCGGCUACGGGGAGUUCCAUGCGCGCGCGCGCGCGUUUGUGCGUGCGUGCGUGCGUGCGUGCGUGCGUGCGCGCGUAUCUCAGCCCGACGCGUUGCUCAAUUUCUACAAAAGAUUCCGAUUCUUCCAAAGCCAGAACGUUGCCCGGGCCGAGGAGUGGCUGCAACUUGAGAGAGAACGCGUAUGAUGCUCACGGAUUGUUCAAAGGUGCUGGAUGGACCGUGGAGUUCCAGGACGAGAAGCGCGUAAAGGCGCUGAUGUUUCGCGAGCGAUCAAGCAUCAUCCUGAAGAAAAGGUAUGAAUAAGAUCUUCGUCGGAAGAAACGCCGCGUGAUUCUCUCCACUGCGUCUGGAGGCUGCUUUUGGAGGGAGUGACUCGGUAAUGCGAAGUUUUGCGUUCGUUAUGGAUGUAUGACGAGGGAAACACGAAGUGGAAUCCAGUCUGAUCGCAAUGCGAAAAUGAAUAGAAAAGCAAAGACAGGCGGAGAGAUCCGUUAAGAUAUAAAUAAGAACAUGAUUGUAUGCGAAGAGAGUUUAGGCAUGGAUUUUUUUAAAGGAGGGCAGUUUGUGUGCCUAAUUGUCGAAUCUUCCAAAAAUAACGUUUCUAUGCAUUUCUUUUUCGGACGAUAAGCUGAGGUGGAAAACACGAGAACUGAUUUUCUUGAAAAAUAACUUGAAUUUGUGAGGUGACUUUAUAUCAAAAUUUAUUCGAAAUUUAUUCGGGAAGAAAAUUUGAAGAAACCGUAGGCGUCUUGGAGACGCUGUAAAAUUAUAUAACGCGUAUCUUGAAGAAAUGGAAUGUGAUACAUGCGUUUUUAAGAAAGGGAAAUUCAUUUCUCACCGCAUAUUUAUAGUAUUAGACAAAAUUUGCCUAAUUUUGAUUUUUGUUUCUCAUUUAAAAAUUUUACUAGUUUGUAAAAACUUAAAAUGAGAAUUACAAUCAUGUUUACUGUUAAAUAUGCGAUGGUGUUAUGAAUUAGCGUAUAUACAAGAUGACCAGAACCACCGAAUGAUCUUUCAAUUAUCUCUUCUAAUUAUAUGUACUAGAGGACCAAUUAUAAUAAAGAUUAUUUACAUCAGACGAGAUAUAUUGAUAAAUGCGAUGUUAAUUGGCAUUAAAAGUAGAAAACUCGAAUCAAUUAAGCUUCGCAUAUGCAAAUAAGUAAUAAAAUAUUAUAUUUUAGUUAACUAGAUUUUAUCUUUACGAUAUUUAAGUUAAGAUUUAAAUACGUUGAAUAUUCAAUUAACAAAUCUACAAUUUUUCUGAAGUGAAUCUUUUCUACAAUAUUUUUCUCUAAAUAUAAGUCGUUCGCGAAUUUAUCACAAAAUUUAUAUUUAUGUUAAUUGGAGGGCCAUCGGUGGAUCUAGAACAUGUCAUAAGAGGAAUUUCAAUUUGACAGAUGAAGUAAAGCGUGCAGCUACGAGAUUCGCGCGUGAUUAAUAAUUACUGGCGACUAUACAUUGAAAUGAAAACCAUGUAUUAAUGAUUCUGUAAAGUUCCAAAGACUAAUUUAUGAGCUUUUGUCGAAGAGUGUAAGGAUUAUAGUCGCUGAUUUUUGUAGGGCGAAGAUUACUGUUCAGUAUUUAAUAUUAUUGUUCCUUCUUGCGAGGUAUGCGAGAGGACUUUAUCGUUGCACAUUGUAGGUGAUGAAAAAAUUCAUGUGCAUUCAGAUUGCGUUACGUAUAAAAAUUCUAGUGAGCUUUACUUUUCCGACAAUAAUUGUACAUUUCCUAUACGUAUACUCGUGUGUGAACAUUUAUGAAAUUAACGGAAGUUGUAGGAUACGUAAUCAAUUAAAUAAAUUUUUCAAUGUUACUAGGAUAUUGAUUAGCGUAUCCACAUUUAAUAACAUGCAUUUCUGUUAAGAGAACGUUUGUUUUGUGAAACAGGAUGUAUUCACUUUUGAACUGCGUAGCAUUUAUCCAUAGAAAUAAUGUUGCUCAUAAUAAGCUCAUGCGAAUUUAUCAAAUAUUAAAGAGUUUCUCUCGCUCGAAUGCACACGAAUUUUCUUAUUUAAUAAAGUCAUAUUUCGUCGAGGAUUUUUGAAGUUCGCAGAAUCUAGUCAGGAAAACGCUCAGUGAGAUAUUUUCGAAUAAUUUAUCGUAAUAGUAUUAUACGCAGUGAGAGUACCUGUUCCGAAUAAUUCCUACUAUAUUUUGUUUUUCGAUUGUAUAAAUCUCAAAUUUUUAAUUAAUUGUAAAUCUGUGCGAGACAUCGCAGGAUGUCGCAUGACGUGAUCACGUUUCACCUCGUGGCUAGUGUCAAUUCGAAAACAACGACUUCUGCUUUGAACACUAGUCUAGCUCAAACGUAGCUCAAAUUUGGAUGGAUUCGGUCCAAAGAAAAGACAAAAAGCACCGGAAAAACAAGUCACCGGAGCACAAAAUAAUAUUUGGAAGGCACGAAAUCACAUACACGUAAGAUCACAAUCGAGUCACAUUGAGACAGGUUUUCGCACCGCUCUCGAAUGGGGUUCCUACAUUAUAAAUUACACACAGUGCGCACAAGCAGCAACUAGAUAUGUAUUAAUAGAUAAUUAACUAAUUAAAUAAUUAGUCGAACGAAGCAUACAAAUUGACAUCGAGAAGCGCGCAUAUCUCGAACACCUUGGAUAACCGUUUUCUUUUCCACUGCGCCAGAAUGAUGUUCAUAAAUACAUCCUGCUUUAGAUAGACGUAAUUAUUUUAGCGAUUAUUUAUUCCCACACCAAUCGACGCUUUAAUACAAGUUACUUAAUCAUGUAGAUUUAAAUCGAUUACAGAGGAAAAAGUUAUGUAUGUCUAAUAUUUUGUAUUAGAUCGGCAAUGUAUUACUUAUAACGCUACGCGUUAUAUCACUUUGAUAUCUUUUUGAAUUUCUUUGAAUUUCUUUGUAUGCAGCUCGGUUUUGCUAUAUUUUUCUAUUGAUUUAUGCAGAUUUCGGAAAUCAAUCAAAAACACGACGAACCCUGAUUGCAAUAUGAAGGGUCAUGAUGUUCGACGAUGUUCUUUAAUCGCAUUUAUUAACGAUUGGUGCUGCUGUACGACGCAUAUGAUGUAUACGCGACGAUAAAACCUUGAUUCGAAUGGCCGGCAUAAUACCGUACAAGUAACGAAAUUUAGGUACGUAGGCGAUGAAAGGGCGCGAAAGAAUAACGCUCGAUGUCGAGGUAUAUCCAUGGCGUAAAUAUGUAAUAAAUGUCUCACGAAUGUACUGUAAUAUUAGAAUCCUUGUCCCUUGAUGUGCGUGUAUCAGUUACGUACGUCUUCAAGCGACCUCGAUCGAUAUUUUUACCCGCCCUAUAUUCAGUAAUAAAUAUGAAAUGUUACUACUUAUACUCUCUCUCUUUCUUUCUUGGUGAUUGCCCGUCUCGUCAAUAUAGGUAGUACGGUGAUUUGUAAAUAGUAGCAUAUAUGAGAAUAUGUACAUGUAAAAAAAAGAAACACGUCACACAUCGCAUGCAACAUUGAGUAUAUCGAUCUGAUAUAUCGAUUUGGUAGAUAAUAGGACUAUGCGAAAUAGUGACAGAAAAAUUGACAAGACGUGGCUCGUUCGGGCGGAAGCGCGCUUAUUAUUUUUUAUUAUCGGGCGAAGCCUGCGCUCCAGCGAGUUACGAUUAGUGCCAUAAUGUCGUAACAUCGUGAAGAUUAAUCAAAACUCGUGUCGUUGUCUUAACUGUUACGUCCACGCACAUCAUUCCUCCGCGAUUAAAGACGGCGGGAACUUCAUGCAGAAAUCGCUCGAAUAAUCUCAAACAUGCGUCUAUGAGAAUUAUUUAGAGUCGAAAUUAAGUUAUCUCGAAUUUUCUUAUUUAACAAACAUGAUUUAAUCUUUUUUUUGUCAAGAAUCGCUUACACAUUUAUUUUUUACGUAAUGAAGCGCGAUGAUUGUUAUCGUUGUUUAUUUCUCUUACGUGAUAAUGUGUAAUAAAAAGUAUAAUUUCAAAAUUCUCUACGUCAUAAUUGUUGUUUUAUAAGUUUCGAAUUUUGUGAUCAUCUGUUGAAUGCAACAACGUUAAGUUGUAUGUAUUUGUACAGUUGUAUUGAUGUUUAUGCGCGUUCCUGACCUAAGAAAUAAAAAUGAACGCUAUUCUUAA